AUGGCCGCCACAAUCACGAUAUCAUCGACGUCUCUAGGAGCCAUUGUUUUGCCAAAGCUGCCACUACCCUCAUCAUGGAGCGUUGCGAACCACGCCCAGCCUUGUCACGACCACCUGGCUGGCUGCAGCCUGGCCGGCCACAAUAUUGGAGUUUGCCCCUCUUUGUCGCAGAUUCGUACGAUGGCGCAGCACGGAAAGACGGAUACUGCGUGGGACGACGACGACAUACUCCUGGGACGUGACAAUAUGAGCGACUUCAAUCCUGACAACAUUCUACCUCUUCCAGUAGAGGAGAUUGCAAACGUUCAAGCAUGGCUGCAGCCAACUGCCUACGAAGACGAUGAUAGCGAGUUCUACAAGCACCUCGCAGCCCACCUUCAUGGCACCGGCAAAUGGCUUUUGGAGUCUCAAGAAUACAAGGACUGGCACAAAAGCCAAGAAAAUGGCUUGCUUUGGAUCAGAGGCAUUCCGGGAUCCGGCAAGUCGGUUUACGCAGCGAUGCUGACCCGUCACCUUCGCGAAGAAGACAUCCCGGUGCUGUUCUUCUUCUUCAGGCAAAUUAUUGACGUGAAUCACCAGCCUAUCGCGGCCGUGCGUGAUUGGCUCGCUCAGCUCUUGCCACACAGUCCGCCACUGCAGGCUAGGCUGAGCCAAUACAUGGCCGCCCAUCGCAUGUUGGAAAGCCUCUCUGCUGUCGAUCUUUGGCGGGACCUCCAGAUGGCCUUGCGGCACAUUCAGAAGAUAUACCUAGUCGUUGACGCGCUCGACGAGAUGGACCGUGGAGACGAGAUGCUGUCCUUCUUGGAAAACCUGACUGAACUUGCCCGGUGUAGACCGGCACAAACCAAAGUCGUCAUGACUUCUCAUCCUGUCGCGUACCUUGAAGUGACAUUACGGAGGGCACAUUCGAUCGACAUUCGGCUCCAGGAGAAACUCGUCAAUUUGGAUAUUGAAGCAUACGUCAACGAUCGUUUGGCAUCCUCGAGUGUCAGGGCAGACGACCAAGAACUCAUCAAGACUGCAGUGCCGGGUCAUGCCAAUGGUUUGUUUCUCUACGCAAAAUUGGCCAUGAAUACUUUACUGCGACCAGGAGCGAAUAUACAAAGGGCUCUUGAGACUCUAUCACAGGACCUCAACGUCAUAUAUAAUGGCUUGCUCCAGGAUCAUGCACGUCGAAGCGGUUUGGCCGAGGAGACACAGCUUCUGAUUAUGCAAUUUGUCACGCACGCAACUCGACCACUACGUCUACGAGAGCUUGCAAGCAUGAUGAAUGUCACUCAGUGUCUACCAGCGAACCGGGACCUUGAAGCUAUGAAGAGCACUGUGCGGGUGGCCUGCGGGCCCCUGUUGGAGAUUCUUCCGGACGAGACUGUGGCCGUUAUUCAUCACUGUCUCACAGAAUUUCUAACCGACGUCACUAGAGCUGGAGCAUCUGGUGGCUACCCGGUCUUUGAAGCCGCGAGAACCCACCAAAGGCUAUCACUGGUCUGCCUGGCGUACCUACAGUCAGAAAUUCUCGACAACCCAGACCUCGCAAGCAAGUCUGAUGGACGGGAACGGGUUGUUCGUGAAGCGUUGCAGCGGGAUACUUUUGCCAGAUACGCUGCUAAAAACUGGUAUAUCCACGCUCGCAAGGCGGCACUCGCUGGUGCUGACCAAUCCUGUUUGAACCCUAUCUUGGACGAGAUUUUCGGAUCACCGAAGAUGCUGGACCUGAUGAUAGGAUCUGGCUCGAGUGGAACACAAUUUACCCCAGUCUACGCGGCAUCUGUUCUCGGUCUCCACGACUAUGUCAAGAUCCUGCUAUUACGCCCUGGUAUAGAGGUAAACCAGGGCACCAACCCUGAGGAGUCGCCUCUCUGCUAUGCCUCAAGAAAUGGAUACGCGGACAUCGUCAAGGCUUUACUCAAGGCUGGGGCAGAUCCUUGCGAGCACUCAAAGGACUUCUCAAGACUCGCGCCGCUGCACUAUGCAGUGAGACACAAUCAUCCAGAAGUCAUCAAAAUUCUGCUUGAUAGCGGUGCCGAUCCGAUGAUGGCCCCCAGCCGUCCUCACUCUUGUUCUGCAUUUGCAAUGGCCUGUACCGGAGGUCACCUCGCAGCACUGAAGGCUUUUCUACCUUAUCUGAGUUCAGAGGCGCUUCUAAGUCGAGCCAUCCUCUGGGUAGCACCCACAAGGCGAUCGGAUAUGAUGGCUGCCGUGUUGGGUCACCCUCUCGCUAGGAUCGACAAGAAGACGAAAUAUACUCCACCGUUGUUUCUUGCCAGUGCGAAGCGAGAUCCGUCCAUGGUAAAACUACUUUUGCAGGCAGGAGCAGACGCAACAAUGGUGCACAGUCUGGAGAGCUGUGGUGAUCCCAACCUGGGAUAUAAUGCCCUCCACGGCUGGGCCGCGACUCAAUCGCAAAUUAGCAGCAUCGAGAAUCACGAUUAUUUCGACCUUGACCCGAAGGCAUACGACUCCGACGCCACAAUCGAGGUUUUCAAUUUACUCCUUGAGGCUGGCGCUGACAUCAAUCAGUUGAAUGACCUCCACAACACGCCGCUGCACUACGCACGCGAUGUGUUGGCAGCGAGACUCCUCAUUGACGCGGGCGCCGAUGUUUCUGCGACCAAUCGCCGCGGUGAGACCCUAGUCCAUUUGACUAAGAGUCAGCCUAUACUGCAGUACCUUCUCGACGAGACAAGUGUGUUUACGAAGUCGCGCAACCUGUUGGACUCGAUGAUGCUCCGGCGCCUGCGUGACGGCUAUAUCGAGCAGGCACAAAUGUUCUUUGAAUAUGGCGCCAACCCUUCUGUGGUCGAUAGUGACGGUCAAACGGCGGUGCACCUGCUUGCGGUUGAGAAGCGGCCCAGGCGGAAUGGAGCAGAAGAUGCACGAGUGCCUCUCUUGAGAAGGCUGUUACAGUCAGGCCUGGACAUUAAUGCUCGCAAUUCCAAGGGCCAAACAGCUCUACACCUACUGGAUUUCAAUUUUCGUGAGGAGGAUCAAAAUGCCGAGCUAUUUCAGACCUUGCUACAUCAUGGUGCAGACAUUGAAGCCAAGGAUCACCUCGGACAGACGCCGCUUUUCUGCAAAUUCGGCCCCGAUGCACGAUUUUCCAGGCAAGGCAUGGUGGAGCUUUUUCAAGUCAACGAAAGUCACGAAGACGAUAUCCAGUGGCUAGCGGAGCACGGCAUCGAUCCUCGGGCUACGGAUGCCGAUGGAAACACGUUAUUCCACGAGUUGCUGAAGCACGCUCCAAGAACCUGUUAUAAGAGUCCCGAUUUUGCCAAACUCGAGAAACUUGUCAGCCUUGGCGUCGAUCCGCAGCAAGCCAACGCUGCUGGUAGAACGCCACUCCACAUAGCGAGCACGAUGAAACUGUGUGCAAUUGCAGAUAGGCCCUGGACCUCACUCAUUGGAUCAACGACAGUGUUUGACUGGCUCCUGAAUAUCCAGCAUGAUGUUGAUGCCGCGGAUCGAGAUGGAAUCACGGCAUUCCAUUUGGCGUCAACACUCUCAGAGUAUAUGGCACAACGAUUGCUCGAGCGGGGAGCCGAUCCGCUGAAGCCGACAAAGGAAGGCCUAAAUGGACUGCAUCUAGCUGCGCGGGCUCGGCAAGUAAAUAUACUGGGAAUGAUCCUCGAGACCGUCGUUGAUAGGGCAGGGGAUACUAGUCACUGGCAGUCAACAGUUGGAAUCUGUACUGGACACCCACAAUCACCUAUGUUCUAUGCCUGUGCCUCUGGACGCCUUGAAAGUGUGAAGCUUCUCCUGGAUGCCGGCCUCGGAACCCAAUCUGUCGACUACCAGGGCUCAGCAUUACAGGGUGCGGUUAGCUUCGAAGACGAGAACCAAAACUGGUCAAACUUUCAAGACGGCAACGAGAACUGGCCGCCAAGCUUUUUGGGUCUCCAGAAGAAUGGCCCAAGGGACGUCAAAAGUGUUACUCUGCACGAUGAACCUCGCACAACAACGCAGCCCAACACCGAACCGUCUGAGCGUAUCGAUGAGAUUCUGGAAAUGCUUGUCAGCCAUGAGCUGGUACAUAGAGAUCAUGUUUCAGAAGCAGUGGAGGAAGCUACAAAGAAGAAUCAUGCCUACACCCUGUCUUGUCUUCUGAAGAUCAGGGACCGACUCAGCAUGAGUGACGAAUGCAGCGACGCCGAGGCAGUUUCUGCCUUGAUUGAGUCUAGAAAGAAUGCCCAGCGUCCUUUUACUGAGAAGACCUCGGAUGGAAAGUCGCUCACUGCCGCAGAGUUUACGUCUGCGAUGAAGGCGCGAUUCUUUGAUGUAGUCUGCCACGGGAUGACCCCAGAAAGCUCCCUUCAAACCAUAAGCAACAACUAUCGAGACGAAACACUACUUGAAUAUCUCGUCAAGGGAGGGUACUCCGAAAUUCUUGGCAAAAUUGCAAACUCUGCAUGCAUCGUUAUGCAUGAUAAUGGUACAUGGAUGGGUACAACACACAACAUAAACCCCGAUAAUGUCGAAUCGCUGCUCAUUACAGCCUGCCGACGGGUGGUACCCAACAUGGAAGUCAUAAAACUCCUCGUUGAGCGAUUUGGUGUGGAUGUAAAUGGACCGGAGAUCAAGGCGCGUCAAAGAUCUUCUAGCCACCAGGACAAACCUGGUUCGGCGCUCUAUGUACCGGCAUCAGGUGGACACUGGUGGCAAGUUGCGGAGGCUAUGCCGUAUCUGAUAACCCAUGGUGCGGAUGUUAAUAAGCGCGACGAAAGGGGCCUGACACCACUCAAUGCAAUAUUGAAGGACUUUCGGGACUUCAAGUUGGGCGUCAGCAGGAGAGCACUGGAAGUCCUUGUCAAGCACGGUGCCGACUUAAACUCCGUCGAUGAGCGCGGAUUGUCUUGCAUUGAGCGUGCCAUGUUCGACGGCGGGGUCUUGGCAUCACUUCUGAGACGCCUUUCGAAUGUGCCGUCGGAACAUCUGAUUUCCGCCAUUCGUACAGGAAAUCUCGACGUUGUUGAGAGACUUCUGAAGGCGGGGGCAGACCCAAAUGGAAGAAAGACAUUAGGGGCCGGGACUGGUGGUGAUUCGUUGACAAUGUACAGCAAUAUGAGGAAAUGCGUUGUGCUGGGUUUGAAAGAUGACGAGAAGCUUCCCCUACACUGUGCAAUGUCGGGCUCUGGCUAUCAGCGCAAAGGGUCGAUCGAGAUUAUUGAGCUCCUCUUGAAGUAUGGAGCGGAUCCUCUCGCAAAAUACGACACAUCUACAAUGCUGCAUCAGCUGCUUGCGGAAGGCGCUGGUCAAUCCUUUUCAUGGCUCCUGGAGAAAGAUAUACCUGGAUUUGACCCGAACUGCGCGGAUGCAAAAGGUGCCACGCUCUUCCAUCUUGCGUGCCAGUACAAGGACACAAACAAUCAGCCUACACUGGCAGAAAUUCUCCUUUCUCGCGGCGCUGACAUAUACGCCAAGGGCGAAGAAGGGUGGAACACGCUGCACUACCUUGCUGGCGCAAAGGGAGAGCAUGCUCGGCUGGCGAUGCUCCGCCGCGUCGCAGCUUUGGCACCGGAGCUCGUCAACGAGCGGGAUAAGAAUGGCCUUACGCCACUCCACUUGGCGGUGGGCGGUGGGCGUCACGACCACGAUUGUGACUAUGAGGGCAUUGCGGCGCUUGUCGAUGCUGGAGCAGAUGCCAGCAUGGCGGACAACAAAGGCAACACGGCGCUGCAUAUUCUACUCGGCGUGCACCCCUUUGUCGUCGGAUGGCCUACCUUUGUCGUGGAGCCGGAAGAGCGCAAGGUAGUGGACAGGCUCCUGGCAUGCCCCGGCGUGGACAUUAACGCAGCCAACCGUGCCGGCGAGACACCCAUCUUUGCGUACCUCCGGAGCGGCCAGGUCAUGAUGGGUGGCGACAACAUAGACGGCCUGAUGGAGGAGCAGCUCAUGCGGGCGCUGCAGCACCUGGGUAUUGACAAGAGCAACAAGUUGGAGGCGGUGGUGCUGGGCAAGAUGGACACGGCGCUGCUUGACAUGUUUGCGGCGCGCGGCGUGGACUGGCUGGCGCGCAACAACAGGGGCGAGACGCUGAUGCACGUGGGCGUGCAGCAUCGCGGGGGCGCGGCGGUCAAGGUCAGGUACCUUUUGGGCAAAGGCGUGGACCCGGCUGCGGAGGACGAGGACCUGAGGACGGCGCUGGAUGUCGCGGCGAGUCUCGAGGCCAACGACGUUCUCGGGCUGUUUGGGCGUGACGGUCAGGACGCGGCUCGGUUGAGGGAGGAAGAAGAUUUGUAUGAGAGUGUGUACGGCCCGCAGACUACUCGAUAG